UUUUUCGGGAUUCAGCGAACCACUGGCGGAGGAGCCAACCAGUAUAGCACACCACCAAAACCCAUCCUUGUCGAGUUGUUUAUAUAUAUAUAUAUAUAUAAUUCCACAUAAUAAUAAAGAAGCCACCAAUGCGUCAAUGGCCGAAGUCUUUGUUAAUCGUUAUAUGCUAGAGCCGAUACCCCAAGACGCACACAUUUCAUAAAUCCAACAAUCAUCAGUUUCCUGUCUUGUCCGACCACAAAACGAGUCAAAGCACGACCAACUCUCGCGCUCUCUCUCUCUGAGUUCCUGAGAUAGCAAGUCAGAGAGGUGGGUCUCUCAGUUGCUGUGCAUUUGGCAAGAAUAAGAUGGUUUUGUUGGAAUCAAUAGCAGAAACCAAAGGUUGCUUUCCUACGAACUUGCUAAUUCUCAAUAUUGCUCUGGCUUCCAUCAACGGCUUUCUUGCUACCAUUGCAUUUUCUCAGUUAAUCAGGAUUCAUAUGCGGAAUCAACAAAAUGGAUGGACACGCCAAAAAGUACUCCAUCUCAUGAUUGGCUCUUCCAACUUGGGUUAUUUUGUAUACUUUGUAUCUACACUUGUUGCUACUUGUGAGGGCUGGCUUUGCUGGUCUAAUGUAUGCGGGUUUAUACUCAUGGCCUACCCCAAAAUUUUAUUUCUUGCCGCAUUUCUCCUUCUCCUAUCUUUCUGGAUCGACCUUUGCCAUCAGGCAAAUGAUGAAGAGGAUGAUGAUGGUGAAACUAGUAUUCAACAGGCCUUGUUGGAAAAGUUGAAGAGUAAACGUAGGUCAUCAAACACAGAUGGUCAUUGGAGAUGUUGCUCAUUCCACUGCAUUCAUGUUGGAAGCAGGCAAAAAUUUGUGAUUAUGGUUGUUGUGCUUUUUUUUUUCUUAAUGAUGUCAUUUGCUGUCAUUAUCUGGAUUGGUGCGGGCAAGAAUCCUAUCAAUUCUGCAGUGGUUGCUCGGGUAUACGAAGAUUUUCUUUCUGUAGCAUUCCUUUCUCUGGGAGUAGCAUUAGGUUGCUAUGGUCUUAUGCUCUUCUUUAAAUUGAAGAAAGUACGGUCUGAGAAAGCUUCAUCAGAGAUGUGGAAGGUUGCUGGUUUAGCAGUUGUCUCUGUUUUAUGUUUUGCGGCAAGUACUUCAGUUGCUCUUCUGACAGAUAUUCCUCUUUUUUACCACUGGCAUCUGAAGAAAAUAAAUGGAGUAAAAGCACUUGUUCUUCUGAUUUUGUACUACUUUAUAGGUUCUUGUGUGCCCUCGGCUUUUGUGUUAUGGAUCAUGAGAGAAUUGCCACCACCAAUUAAAGUUCACGAACAAGAACAAUCAAGAGCAGUAACUUUUAUCAGCGUUGAAGCUGCGGGCCCACAGCAUCCUCAGCGUUGGGCUACUGCAACAAGUUCAAAGAACCAGGCAUCGAGAGCAAGUCCCAUAUGAGUAAAUCUUAUGGUAGUGGAAUUCAGAAAGCAUGGUGCAUUGCUUCUGCCAGGUCUAUAAAAGAAAUGUUGGAAACUCAAACGGUGCAUUCCAAAUUUAUGAAGUAGGUGGCUCAGCCUUCCUUACAAGCACUCAAAUGGUAUAGAUGAUACCUGUGGCUUGCCACUGUUUUACCAGAUUCGGUGCAAUGUACAUAGUUGCUUGUGGAGGUUGGUGUAGGGGGGAAAAAGUUCACUUUUCCAAAUGGAAGCUUAAAUUAUUACCCAUCAUAUUGUAGAUCAUCCUAUGAUGAUUGGUAGAUACACCCACGUUAUCUUGGAUACGACUCAAGUAAAUGAUUUGUAUUAGGUUAAUGGUAUAGAAGACAAUACAGAUAGGACAUGUAAAGUUGUUGCAAUGUUUCCUUAUCUUGUGUUUGGAUGAGGGAUUUUGAGGUAAAAUUUUACUUUCAGUUCUAA